CAUUCAGCACAGUUUUAAACGUGAUUUAGACGCGCUUGUGAACGGUCGAAAUACGCGGAUUGCUAAAUGAGCUAAAGGAUUGAAAAGUGCACGCAAGCAAAUGUUAGACUAAAAUAUCAAAAAGCCAAAGAGUUUAUACGUGAAGUGUUACGUUGCGAAUAGUGCUAAUAACUAUAUUUGUAGUUUAUAAAUAACAGUUCAUUCAUAUCUCUUGAAAUAAAUGAAAAUGUUUUUGUUGCAAAUAAAGUGUUGGACAAUAAACACCGUUUAAUAAAAUUGUAAUAAUAAAAAUAAAUACUUUCGAAGACAUUUCAACAACAAAAUUCUCACGAAUUCCUCAAAAAUGGCAAAAUUAACAUUUAUUUCCCCAUUUCUAUUAGCGCUGGCUGCCUUUCUAUGCAGCUUCGCGCAUUGCGCAAACGAAGCUAUGCCCACACAGAAAUCACCGACCACACACGCUCCAACAAUCGCCGAAACCCACAACGCACAAACUCUGGAAAAUAGUACACGGUAUGCGCGACUGAUGAAAAUAUUGCAGGACCCUAAGGCUUUAGCAGCCAAACGUUACCGCGCCGCUGCACAGCGGGUCAUAGCGCGCGCUGAUAAUUUGCAAGCCUCAGGCAUGCCCAAUCGUCGGGGGCCACCGGGAAAUCCGCCUCAGCAAAAAUCGCGCCCGCCCAUAAUGCGUCGCGUACAGAACGGAAUUCCUGUUAAUGGAGCGCCACCGCGUUUCGCUUUUGAGAAGCCUAAAGGUGUUAUAAACCAUUUACCCUCCAAGGGACCGGUUCCAUUCAAUGCUGGCAAAGUGUCCGCCUACCGCCCGCCAUUCCCGUUCGCGCAUCCCCAUCCACAAGCACACCCAAAUGCACUGCUUUCUCAAUCGACUGCACCUGUUCAAUCGAUAAAACACCCCCAGCAGCAGCUGCAACAACACGAAGAAUUCAAUUUCAAGGCAUCGCCACCUUUCAAUGGCAAAGCCAUUGUACGCCCACUGCUCGAACCACAUGAUCCUAAUUAUAGGCAGCACCUCCAACAGCUACAGCAGUACUCGGCUAAGCCACAGCAAAUGAUACAACAAUAUCCCAUACCACAACAACAGACGAAAAAGCCAAACCAACAGCAACACUAUCCGGGAUUGCUGCAGAGCAAGCAACAAUCGCCCAAUCGUCCACCAACUUUCCAUUAUGAAAUGAUUCGACCGCAUGAAGAGCCGGUGCUGCAUCCACAUGUAAAGCAUGAACACCCGGUGCCGAAUAGUGCAGGUUAUGCCGUCUAUGAAAAUAAUGAACUGGCCGAAGAGGAGGAGCCUUACUCGCAUCCACACGCACAUUAUCCCCCGACGCUGAGACCCGAAGAAACAGCACAAUACUAUUCAAACAAGCGCCAGCAGCCCCAACAAAACGACGCGGAGACCGCGGCAGCGCAGCAAGCUGAAGAAUAUAUAAAAUUUAUGAACUCAAAUGAUUACUUCCUACCAAAGCAUGAACCGAACUAUAAACACCUAGACACACAAAGCGAUAAACAUCAACUGCAUCAGCAGGAGUAUCUGCAACGGGAGCAACCAACCAGACCAGAGCUGGUCCAGCGUAGUCAUACUCACUAUCCACAAACACAGCAGCAUGCGCAACAAAUUCAAUACCACAAACCAUCAACUACCACUGAUAAUGUGGCCUCUGGCUCCGUCUCCGCUGCCGCUAACAAUUACCUUAAUAAUCCUAUACAAGUAUCUCAGCUGUUUUAUCAAGAAGACCCCGUACCCGCCAUUGUACGCGGUAGCUAUCAAACAGGCAGUAACCUAUUCGUUGUAAACUCAGACGGUAACAAAGCCGUGAAACAUGUAAUUCCUGCGCCCACCACAAUCGCGCCAACAACCUUGGCACCGGCCUAUUCUAAAGUGCGCUUAAACGCGCUGCACAGCCGUACACCUGAACCGCUACGCUUCGAAUUUACUGAACGCGAUGCUGUGCACUCAUCGUACACGAACUCACCAAUGUCAAAUUUCGCAGACAGCAACGAGCAGUUACGUUACAGAACCGCUACAGCAGUAUCAGCUACUUCCACUACCCCAGAUUUGCCCACAUCAAGUUCGCACAAUUACGGCACCGCUACUUCACCCAGUGCGGAUGAUCCAGAGGACGACGAGGAUGUACAAAGCGCUAGUUCGGACUUCUACGGUCGUAUACCAGUGCGGCAAUCAACGUUAGGUGAUGCGCCUUCCAUGCCAACAUCGCCAGCACCGGUCGAACAAAAGGACACCGAAGACUAUUGCGAACGAAUGUGCGCCAAUGUGCAAGACGAAGACGAGGAAAUUGUGUGUGGCUCGGACGGCUACAUGUACACAAGCGAAUCCCAAAUGGAGUGCUACGCUACAUGCCUUCAUAUUGAUGUAACGGUGCAAAGCAAAGGAUCUUGUAACACGCGGUAGAUCGAACUAAGUUCUUAAGUCGACUAAGUAGGUGACGAAAUUCCAAUCACAAGCCUGACUAACAGACAUUUAGCGAAUUUCUAAUUUAAUUAAUUUUUCCAUUUACUCUUAAUUUAUUUUAGAUUAGUUUUUAGCAUUAUCUAGAUCUUGGGUGUAAAAAGUAUUUAUGUAUUCCAUUAAAAUGUAAAGUUGUUAAAAAUAAAAAAAUAUAAAAUA